ACAUAACUAGUUCCAACAGGUCCCAUUCUACUUUAUCCCUAUUGUUUGCAACCACAGUAUUUUUAUCUUGCUAAAGGCACUUCGAUUUUGGGUUACCAAUUUCCACAUAAAAAGCUUAAUUCACGGCAAUGGCUUUCCCUGUCGUCAAUUCACCACCAUCAAACCCCGUCAUUCUUCCCAGUUCCUCCAUUCCAACUUCAUGCCUUCCCAAAACAUCACAACUUUUCAUAUUCAAGAUGAAAAAGCCUUUCUCCAAAAAACUAGUGUCAUGCAAAGCCAGCAAUGGGAACCAAAACAAUGAAGGCUCUUCAUCUCUCAAUAGCUUCGAUAGAAGGGAUAUUCUUCUUGGCCUAGGAAGUCUGUAUGGUGCAACCAACCUUGUGAGUGACCCAUUUGCAUUGGCAGCCCCAAUAGCCGCCCCUGACCUCUCGCUUUGUGAGAAUUCAACGGUAACAUCUUCAAGUUCAGGAACCAGCAUAAGUGUCCCUUGCUGCCCACCAAAAACAACAAAUAUUCUAGAUUUCAAACCACCUCGGUUUUCCACGAUACGGUUAAGGCCGGCAGCACAUUUAGUUGAUGCUAACUACUUGGAGAAAUUUACAAAGGCCAUGGAGCUGAUGAAAGCUCUUCCUGAUGAUGAUCCUCGUAGUUUCAAGCAACAGGCCAAUGUUCAUUGUGCCUAUUGCAAUGGGGCUUACGAUCAAGUGGGGUUUCCGGAUCAACAACUUCAAGUUCACUUCUCAUGGCUUUUUUUCCCAUUCCAUAGGCUAUAUCUCUAUUUCUACGAGAGGAUUUUGGGGAAGCUGAUUGGUGAUCCAAAUUUCGCGAUGCCAUUUUGGAACUGGGAUUCUCCCCCAGGAAUGGCUAUCCCUAAAAUAUAUGUAGACCCUAACUCUCCACUCUAUGAUGAAAAGCGCAACGUGAACCACCAACCACCCAAUAUGCUCGAUCUUGAUUAUGCUGGCACUGAGGAAGAAUUAUCGAAGAGAGAUCAAAUAAAAAGUAACCUCAGUGUCAUGUACAGGCAAAUGGUAACCUACAAGACCGCUUCUCUUUUCCUUGGAGCGGCGUACCGUGCCGGCGAUGAUCCCAGUCCAGGAAUGGGUUCAAUUGAGAACAAUCCUCACACCGCCGUUCACCGGUGGGUUGGUGAUAAGCGACAGCCAUUUUCUGAAGACAUGGGGAACUUCUACUCUGCGGGUAGAGACCCAUUGUUCUUCGCUCAUCACUCCAAUGUCGACCGAUUGUGGAGCAUUUGGAGAACAUUACCAGGGAAGAAGCGAACUGAUUUCACUGACACAGAUUGGCUCGAUUCCUCGUUUCUUUUCUACGAUGAGAACGCAAAUCUGGUUCGAGUCAAGGUUCGUGAUAGCCUUAACAUGAAGACUUUCGGAUAUGAUUACCAAAAAGUUAAUAUUCCAUGGCUCAAAAACAAGCCAAAUCCUCGAAAGUCAGGUCGGGGUAAAAGUGGUGGUCAAGCAGUGGCGGCCGAAACAAAGAACAUCACCCCUAUCAGUAAUGCCUUCCCUAUAGCCUUAGACAAACUAGUGCGCGUUGAGGUUCCAAGGCCAAAGAAAUCAAGGACUAAGCUCGAAAAGGAAGAUGAAGAAGAAGUUUUGGUUCUACAAAACAUUCAACUAGACCGAGAUGCAGCAGUGAAGUUCGAUGUGUACAUUAAUGAUGAAGACGACGAGACACCGACUGAACCUGAAGAUUCAGAGUUCGCUGGGAGCUUUACGAAUCUACCGCAUAACCAUCACAAGACUGGGAUGAAGCUUAACACCAACUUAACAUUGCCAUUAACAGAUUUGUUGGAGGAUUUGAAUGUUGAAGGUGAUGAGAGUAUUUUGGUGACUUUGGUGCCUAAAGAAGGAAAGGGUCUGGUUUCUAUUGGUAACAUUAAGAUCGACUACAUCCGAGAUUGAUGAUCAGUUAAUUUGCCGACUCUUCGGUCGCUUACUGAAACAUUUUGCUUCGUGAAUUUGUUUCCCCUGUGUUUUGCAUCAGUCUUUUUAGUUAUAAAUAAGGCCACUGCUAUAGAAUCCUUUGUAUGGUGUA